AUCGGGAACCGGAGUGCAUUAAACUAAUUUGAUUAAACUUUGCGUUUCUUUAUCUUCCAAUUAAUGUGAAAACAGGUAUCAGUUUUUACUCCAUACGGCAAUAAUAAAAAAAUGGACCCAGAAAUUACGCCCAUUUCCAGUCUGCACCCACUCCGAAUUUCAUCCAUAAGAGCCAGGGUUUCCUACAAGACAGAAAUAAGCUCCUGGAAUAAUGGUGACAAAGAUGGGAAAAUCUUUCUUAUCAAUUUGAUAGACAAAUCUGGUGAAAUUACUGCCCUUGUGUUUAACGAUCUGUGCAUGAAGUUCUACCGCCAGAUUCAGGCAGGCAGUGUAUACGUGUUCUCCAAUGUAGAGGCAAGGCCAGCGCAUGACAAGAACAAAGUACUGGGUAACAGCCUCCAGAUUUUGUUCCUGGAUAAUACAGUUGUACAGCGGGAUAAUACAGUUGUACAACUGGAGAUUCCCCAAACAAAAUAUAACUUCGUUGAUCUUUCCGCUGUUUCUAAAAUACGGGACGGAGAACCAGUCGACGUAAUUGGAAUCUGCACUCAUGUGCCUGAUUAUGAACACCGUGGAGAUUAUACAAUUCGAGAAAUUGUGCUUUUGGACCCUGACUACCAGGAAGUCAUGUUAAAUCUGUGGGAAGAGCAGGCUGUUAACUUUGAUGGUGAUGUUGACGAUGUGAUCGUGGUCAAAGGAGCGCGUGUCCGGGAACAUAACAACGAGAAAAAACUGAACGCCGGCUGGUACUCCAUGGUGCAGAUCAAUCCUGAUAUUCCAAAUGCCAUCGGAAUGCGAAAAUGGUACGAAAAUCAAUAAGAAACCUCUAAUAUAUUGUUAAUUGUUAUGUUUGCUGAAUAAAUACUGGAACAGCCGAAACAGAA